AAACGCUCUCUCCGAUGAGCCCCCUUCAAGGAGUCUUGAGAGCGGCAAGGCGAGCGCGGGAUGCUUAGAACAGGUGAUCAGUAGUCUGCUGCGGGGUACAGCUGACGUAAGGCCAUGGCUGUCAAGAUACGCUUGCAGCGGAAGGGCAGGAUUCGCUUGCCCAUUUACCGCCUCGUUGCUGCGGACUCAAAAGCUCCUCGCGAUGGCGCAUUCAUCGAGAUUCUGGGGCAGUAUGACCCAAAAGCUGGACGGCCGGGCAUGAACCACACGAUCAAUGUGAAGGCGGAGCGCAUCCAGCACUGGCUGGACUGCGGGGCCCAGCCCACGGACACUGUCCACAGCCUCCUCCGUCAGAUUGGCAUUCUCCCCAUGGUCGAUUUCAACAAAACGGAGGAGCCCUACUACGGGAGCCGCAAAAAGAAGGAGGGGGACAAGAAGAAGAGGAGCAACAAGGCAUCCGCGUCGCUCGCAUCUCCUCCAGCCUCCCGCUCCAUCCCCGCACCUAGAGUUGAGGCACUCAUCGUGGAGUCUUUCGGCUCUUCCUUCAGGGGCACCGCUGUUGCUGCCAAGCCUGCGUUCAGGUUGCAGUCAUCCAGUGGGUUGUGCUCUGUCAGGUCUGCUAGCCGUGUUGCCGCCCAGGGGGCAGCAACGAGUCAGAUGCGUUCCAUGAGCACGGGCAUGCGGAGCGCUCUGCAAAGAGUAGCAUGCGCGUGCGGAAUUUAGACGACCUGGCCAAUGUAUAUCUCGGAAGCUGUUCAACCAUUUUAAUGAAGCAAUUCUACUAUCUUGCGUAAAUCUGAAGAUGUAGAGCUCAACGCGUCUCCGCCUGACGUGUACUUUCAGAUAGCUUUUCCAACAAGGCACAUGAUG